CGGGCUCCCGUACAGUCUGAAAGCGGAUGUGGACCAGUCAAAAUCACUUCCGGGGGCAGCCAAGCGCUAUGAGCGCCAACGCGGAGCCGAAGCGGCGCCCCGGAGUUGGGGUCGGCGUAGUGGUGACGAGCUGCGAGCAUCCUCGCUGCGUCCUUCUGGGGAAGAGGAAAGGGUCGUUUGGUGCCGGCAGUUUCCAGCUUCCUGGGGGCCAUUUGGAAUUCGGUGAGACCUGGGAAGAGUGUGCCCAGAGAGAGACCUGGGAAGAGGCUGCGCUCCGCCUGAAGAACGUGCGCUUCGCCUCCGUGGUGAAUUCUUUUGUUGAGGAGGAGAACUACCAUUAUGUCACCAUAUUGAUGAAAGGGGAGGUGGACAUGGCGCAUGAGUCAGAUCCAAAGAACAUGGAACCGGAAAAAAAUGAAAGUAAGAGAAUCAUAUUCAAUAAGGAGUGUUUCUUCAAAGAAACACAUCAUUGUUGGGAGUGGAUUCCUUGGGAAGAAUUUCCUCCAUCAGACCAGCUUUUCUGGGCUCUCCGCUGCUUAAAAGAGCAAGGCUAUGACCCAUUUAGAGAGGACCUGAACCACCUGCACGGGUACAGAGGAGAGCACCUCGAAGGAGCCAAGAAAAUUCCUUGAUUUAAAACAAAACUUUAGUAAAUGAAAGAUUCCAUGUCUCAGGACAACUCCAUUUUAUUUGCAAAGCCGUGUGGUCGUUAGUUUAUUUACAGUCUCCUAAAGUAACUCGAACCUGGAAUGUGUCCCUGAGUAAGAUGAACAGGAACUUGUGGCUAAUUAUAUGUAUUGCUGUAAGUUACCCUUGUUGGCUGCAUAGAAGCAAGUGUAACAGAUUUUGUCUUGCUGUUCUAAUUCCAAUAGAGGUCAAAGUUCAGAUACGGCCAUUCAAAUUUGGAAGCAAUUUGCCCACUGCAAAAUUCAUCAGGCUUGUUGACGUCCUUUCUCCUCUCGAGAAGAAUUUUUUAACGAUGAUGUGACAGUCAUGAUGUGUGUUCGGCUGCACUUCCUGUUUCCGACAGGGAAUCUGUGUUAAAUGUGAGACAAAGUUUGGAUCCUACUGCUAAAGGUCAAGCCAGCCGCCUUUCCCUCUCUCUGCCUGAGAUCCUGUAUGCGUCCUUGUAUGGUGGCAUCACACAGAAUGGUGCACUGGGUCUCCGAGUGGGGUGGGGGAUCUCCCAGAGGUCCUCCAGAACUUUGCAGGACACCAAGGGCAAAAGCUGGUUGGUUGGUUGCUCUCCCCUCCACCCCCACCCCCACCCCCAGCAAAUUGUAAAGCUUUCCUGUGAGAGACUCAACAGUGCAAUGCCUCACAGGGCGGCAUGUACAGGGCUGCAUCCCUGCAAUGAAACCUACCGGGCUGGUCUGGAUUUUAACCUGCUUCUGGCUUUAGGGGGAUUUUGGAAAAAUCACCUUCUUGGUGUAAGGAUCACCCCAGGCAUAGCGAAUGCUAACAGCGGAAGCUUCUAACCAGCCCAUGGUGAUCAGCGUCCAGCGAAGCCCUGGAGUGUGUGUGCUGUCUCAUCUUCACUUCGUGAGGCAGAGCAUGGUUUUCUGGCUGAUGUUUCUCCAGUCACUGGCUCCCGCUGCUGCCCAGGCCCCUGGGGAGCUCUUCCUGUGAAGUUGUUUUCCAGUCCCCUCUGCUGCAUCGGUGCCUCGUGAGCUUUGUAUCCUGUGCUUUGGGCUCUUGUUCUUUCCAUAGCAAUCCUGUUUCACAUGGAUUAAUGUUUUCUUUCUUUGGUUUUUAUGAGACAGGGUUUUCCUGGCUGUCUUGGAACCUGUUCCAUAAACCAAGCUGGCCUCAAACUCGGAGUUACGCCCACCUCUGCCUCCCAAGUGCUCGGAUUAAAGGCGUGCACCACCACUGCCCAGAUUAAUUUCUUCUGAUCAGAGCAAAAACAAAGAAGAUGGUGGGGGAACGCAGUUGCACCUCCUGUGCACAGCCCUGGCAGAUGGUUGAAGAGUGUUGUUACACAGUCUAGAGUUAUUUUUAUAAUAUCCAAAUAUCACAAAUUUUUGCAUUCUUAUUUUUUGACAGUCUCAUAUAGCUCAGGCUGGCUUCCAACUCAGUGUCUGAAGCUGGGGAUAACCUUGAACUCCUGAUCCUCCUGCCUCAGCCUCCCUGAUGCUAAGAUUCCAACUGCACCCCUCCUCAUUAUCUUGUUAAGUGUGCAGAGCAGCUGUCCAGAGCCACCUGAUGCAUGGUUCCUUUCUGGGUGGUUUGGGUACUGGGGUUUGAACCUAACCCUUCACACGUGAUGGCAGAGAGCCAGCUUCCUCCUGUCGGGUCAGAUGCGGAAGAGAUUUGCUCCAGGGUAAGAUGACGACUUCCUCACUGGUGAAUUUUUGUUAGUUUUUGUUUGCUGUUAGCAUGCAUUCGAUUUUUAUGUGGUCAACAAACUUUUCUCGUUUUAAAUUUCUAAUGUUAAAUAUCAUUUCAUAAAAGCUUAUAAAAAUAAAGUCCGAUUUUUUUCAGGAAUUUAUAAAGGGAUCAAAAACCUAAGGGCUCCGGAGAUGGGUUUAGUUCAGUGGUAGAGAAUUUGCUAGGUGGGGUUCAGUCCUCAGCUCCAAGAAAAAAUUACAAAAGACUAAAGAAAAAAAAAAAGGCAACCAAAGGUGUUUUGAAUAUUUACCCAAAGUAACUAACAACUGAAUUUUGCUCUUUAAAACACUAUUAUUGUGAUGUUUGUUAUGGAAAAAAAUUUUAAAUUACACCUUUUUAUAAACCCCAUUUUCUCUUACUUACACCUA